UUUUGGUUAAUGCUUGCACAAUAGAAAGUCAACUAAUAAUCAGUAGCCAAGGUGACUUGAUUGUAGCUGUUGGAAAACAACAACAAAAAUUUAAAAUAGAUGCAACAUUAAGAAAAAGAGGGAGAAAAAUGAUUAUGACCCAGGGUCAUUUAAAUGAACCGGUCAAAUCACGAGACUAAAUGUGGAAUAUCUGGUCAGCACAGGCAGGACAUAACCAGAAAGAAGCUUCCUCUUCCCACAAACACAAUAAUGCAUCCACCAACACAGCGGUCUGAUUCAUUUCAUGCUACAGACGACAAAAGCUUGCAACACAUAAAGCAUCUGUCAGUAGGACAAGGGUGAGGAGCUGUGUCACCCGGUCUCCAUCAGUGAGCAACACUAGAACCAAACUACACCAGACUGUGGUUUGACCUUGCAGAUUAAAGUCUGUGCAAUUUGGAGGUGACAGGAAGCAACAUGCUGCCGUCUGUGCCGGUAGUUCUCAUGCUCCUCAGUUGCACAUGUGGAGAAAACCCUGCAAUACAGUUCACCCUGACCGACAAUGGACUUCACUAUGCAAAGCAUAAAGGCGCCGACUGGAUUCAGGAGAAACCUGACGUCAGUGGUGAAGUGUCCAUGGGCUUGUUGGGCAGCAUUGACUACACACUGUCAGACAUGACUGUAACAAAGUGUGACCUUCCUGAGCCGUCUGUUGAGUUUUACCCCGACGCCACCGGGUUGAAAACCUCCAUCUCAGACCUCAGUGUGGCACUGACUGGCAGCUGGUCCCUCCACUUUAGCUGGAUACAUGACGGGGGAUCCUUCGACAUGGCUGUGUUCCAGGUGGACGUGACGUCCGUAGUGAAGCUGGGGAAGGAUUCAGACGGACGUCUGUCCGUCACCAGCGUCAGCUGCGAUGCUGAAGUGGGAGACGUGGCCCUGCAGUUUGGUGGAGCCAGCUGGAUCUUUGAUCAUGUUGUGGAACAGUUCAAGGGACGAAUCCGCAGUGAAAUAAGAAAAAGAGAGAGUGUUUCUACAUGUGUGACGUGUAUGAUUUCUUUUGACGUGGACCCAGUUCUCAGGCUUGACCUCCCUCUCACUGGCCAACCUGUCAUUGAAGCUUCCAGUCUGACACUGGGUCUUAAGUUCUAUAGCAUCAGAACUCACACGGAUCCUCCCUUUACGGCCCAACCGUUCACACUGCCUGAGCAGCAGGACUACAUGCUGACACUGGGUCUGUCUGAAUUCACGCUCAACUCCGCCUCGUGUGGAUACUACACAGCUGGAGUGCUGCAGACCACCAUCGACGACAGCAUGGUGAGAAUCAGCAGAAUUGGGGAUGAAGGAGGAACCAAAGCUCGGUGUAGAGUUCUGUGGUUAAUGUCCUGUCAGAUACUUCAACACCUCCACAUGCAUCUGAACACCAGCGUGGUCGGGCUCCUCAUUCCUCAGGUGUGCAUUCAUAUCUAGGUUACAUUUGAAGACGACAUAUUAAAAUGUCCCCUGACUUUAGUGUUUUUUCAUUUCUUUUUUUGUCCCCCCUCCGUUUCCUCUCUGGCUGUUUUCAUGUUACUAGAUGAAUAGAUUAAACAUUCUUUCUCUCUCAGCUACUUCAAUUCUGCACAACGACAGUACAGCUUGAAAAAACUACCAAUACAACAGAUGUUCACUGACAAAAAAACCUUAACCAUUACCAUGUAAUGACAUUAAAAACUGAAAUGAAAUGAGCCAUGAGUAUUUUAGUAUCCAUAUUCAUCCAAUUCUGUCUCACUUCUACAGUUUCAUUAAAUGCUGCACAUCUAUAAACAAUAGGUCUCAGUUGGACUUCAAAUCCUAUCAGCCCCUCUGGUCCUGAAUGUCUGAAUAUGAAAUAAAUAUUCAUAUUUAUUUCAUAUAUCAGACAUAUAAAAAUAAUAAAAUAAAAACCGAUGCCAUAUAAGUCACUUUAUUACCACCAUAGUCAAACAAUGACAUCCCUAUUUUAAAACAUCUUCAGCACUGUUCAGGUUAAAAUACAUGUUCACAUUCUUAGAAUGUAACAACCACCAGAAUAUAAAUAUUAACCUAUUUACAGCCACUGAUCC